AUGGCCACACUGCCCAAGCGUUUUGGAACUUAUGGUGGGCAAUAUGUACCAGAGAGCUUUAUAUCGUUCUUGUCAGUACUCGAAACCGCCUUCAUCAGAGAAACCAACGAUCAGAGCUUUUGGGACGAGUACCGAAACCAUUACGACUACAUUGGACGGCCAGGUCGUCUCCAUUUGGCCGAGCGGUUGACGGCGUAUGCCGGCGGCGCACAAAUCUGGCUUGCUCGAGAGGACCUAAAUCACACUGGAUCUCACAAAAUCAUCAACGCCUUAGGCCAAAUUCUCCUGGCUAGGCGGAUGGGAAAACAGAAAAUCGUCACAGAGACGGGAUCGGGUCAACAUGGGGUUGCUGCAGCAUCCUUGUGUGCGAAGUUUGGCCUGGAAUGCGUGGUCUAUGUUGGAUCGGUGGACGAAUCACGGCAAUCGACAAAUAUGUGGAAAAUGACAAUGUUAGGUGCUACGAUCAUCACAGUCAAGACAGGAAGCCAGACACUGCGGGACGCGAUGAACGAGGCGUUGCGUGCUUGUGCUGCGGACGACGACAAAACGUUCUAUCUGGCCGGCACACCGAUAGGACCUUAUCCAAUUCCUCUUGUUGUGCGGACCUUCCAGUCAGUCAUCGGAGCGGAAACAAAAUUACACGCCCUGAAGAAGAUAGGACAGCUUCCAGAUGCGGUUGUCACUCAAGCUGUGGGUAUUGAGGCGGGUGGGGAUGGCGUACAGACCUCUUCACACAGUGCUGCUAUAUCAAAAGGGAGCAGGGGUGUCUUCCAGGGUACCAUGACGUAUGUGUUGCAAGACGACCACGGUCAGAUCAGACACAGCCAUUCUAUUGCUGCCGGUCUGGAUCACCCUGCCGUAGGGCCUGAACUGAGUUCUUGGAAGGAUUCCGGGCGCGUUGACUUCAUUACAGCAACGGAUGAAGAGGCAAUGAAUGCCUUCCGGUUAACGGCUCAACUUGAGGGGAUCAUCCCGGCAUUGGAGUCCGCCCACGCCAUUCACGGUGCCGUGGAAUUGGCCAGGUCAAUGUUACGCAGUGACAACAUAAUUGUUUGCGUCAGUGGAAAUGGCGACAAGGACAUUCAUACAGUUGGCGGUUGGCCUAUCUAG